GCUGUGGUGGCAACCCAUACACAAAAUAGAGGAAGAUUGGCACAGGUGUUAGAUCAGGGUGAAUCUUCCUCAGCAAGAAAAAGAAAACUUGAAAGUUCAUAAGACUGACCAGAGAAAUGCAGAGGAAGGUGAGAUAUACUGAUGUUAUGUUGUACAAGCUAAUAUUUUACUGCUUUAAUCAAUAAUCUGAUUUGUGUGUUGGUCAAAAUUUGUCAUUUUAAGGACAUUUAAGACACAGUCAUGCACCACAUAACAACAUUUCGGUCAACACCAGACCACAUAGAUAAGGUGCUCCUAUGAGAUUAGUACCAUAUAGCCUAGUGUGUAGUAGGCUAUGUACCAUCUAGGUUUGUGUAAGUACACUCUGUGAUGUCUGCACAACCAUGAUCACCUAACAAGCAUUUCUCAGAAUGUCUCUGUCAUUGAGCAACAUGUGACUGUGUCUUCAUUUCAACAGAAGGCUGCAUCGCCACCUUUCUGCUUGAGAGGUCGUUUUUAAUCAGGCCUCUCAAUCAUGAGCUUUCCUUUGGCAUGAGAAAGUAGUAACAGCCUCUCCGUGUGUUUCCACUGUUGGACUAGCUCACCGUCAGCCCCUUCCCCUUGCCGUCAACCUCCUGUGACUUCCCCACACUUGUGGGUCAUGGUAGUGACUGGCAUAAAAAGCAAUGAAAUCCUUUCCAAAUAGAAGGUUCUCAAACGGGAUGCAACAUAAAACAGAAGCCCCACUUCCCCAGGAUGCAGGGAGACGGUGCAGGAGGCCAUUGGGAAACAGAGCACACACGGCUUCUUCCCAGCAGGGAUACAGUUCGGAAAAUUUAACCUUAUUUUCCUCUGUACUUAAUGGAAGUAUUUUUACUUGGCAUUAUGUAGUAAAAAUAGAAAAUCAAUAAUCUCAGGGAUCUGGGUUGGCCCAUGACACAUGUUAAAUAUUGAAGAGAAUUUGUGAUUGUAAAACUUUAACUCCAGAAUUCAUUUGCUAGAGAAGCCCUUUUACUACCCCAGGCUGGUCAGACAGGAGACGGACCUCGUGGAGCCCCUUGCGAGGCCACGCGAGCUGGGCCCGCCGUACGCAGCCGCAGUAGUGCGCUGGGGGUUGCGGCCGAAGUCCCUGGCCUCGCGCAGACGCAGUAGCUGGCCGCGGGGCCGUCCAAAGUUCCCGGCCUCGCGCAGACGCAGUAGCGGGCUGAGGAGGCGGCCAACGGUCGCGGGCUCCCUGUCUUCGCGCCUCGGAGUGUGCGUGUCGCCUUCCCCUUUCCCUCCCAGCGCCGGUUCAGUGAGUGGCCAUGAGCUGGGCUGUGGGCGUCCUGCGGGCCGGCCGGAGCGUGAACGCUGCGAGAGCGAGUUUCCUGUCCCCCAGGAUGGCGCCGUGUCCCCGCCAGGCGGCAGGCGGCUCUCCCGUGGCCAAGGUGGCGACCGUCCAGCGUGAGCUGCUGGAGCCCUUCUCGUCGGAGGAGGCCGUGCGCCGCAGCAAGGUCUCGGUGGUGGGCACCGGCGCGGUGGGCAUGGCCUGUGCCGUGAGCAUCCUGUUGAAGGGCCUGAGUGACGAGCUCGCCCUGGUGGACCUCGACGAGGGCCGGCUGCGGGGGGAGACGAUGGACCUUCAGCACGGCAGCCCCUUCCUGAGGAUGCCGCACAUCGUGGCCAGCAAGGACUACGUCGUCACCGCCAACUCCAGCCUCGUGAUUGUCACCGCAGGCGCGCGCCAGGAGAAGGGCGAGUCACGCCUCAAUUUAGUCCAGCGAAACGUGAGCAUCUUUAAGUUGGUCAUUUCCAACGUUAUCCGCUACAGCCCUGGCUGCAAACUGAUUGUCGUGUCCAAUCCGGUGGACAUCUUAAGUUACGUAGCCUGGAAGUUGAGCGAAUUUCCCCAGAACCGCGUCAUCGGGAGCGGUUGCAACCUGGAUACCGCCCGUUUCCGCUUCUUGAUUGGGCAGAGGCUUGGCGUCCACCCCGAGAGCUGUCACGGCUGGGUCCUGGGGGAGCACGGGGACUCCAGCGUUCCCGUGUGGAGCGGCGUGAACGUCGCCGGUGUCUCCCUGAGGGGUCUGAACCCCGCUGUGGGGACCGACCGAGACCCCGAGCAGUGGAGAGACGUCCACCGCGACGUGAUCGCCAGCGCCUACGAGAUCAUCAAAAGGAAGGGCUACACGUCCUGGGCCAUCGGGCUGUCGGUGGCCGACCUGUCCGAGAGCAUCCUGAGGGAUCUGCGGAGAGUGCACCCCGUCUCCACCGUGGUCAAGGGCCUCUACGGAAUCACGGAGGAGGUGUUCCUCAGCGUCCCCUGUGUCCUGGGCGAGCGCGGCAUCACCGACCUCGUGAAGGUGAAGCUGACGCCUGAGGAGGAGGCGCGUCUGAAGAAGAGCGCGGAGACGCUCUGGGAAGUUCAGGAGGCGCUCGAGCUGUGAAGUUGUGCGGAGCCGCCCUUCUGAAGUUACUGAAGAAGUAGUAGUAGUUGGGGGGGGUAUGUGUCACAUUUUUAAUAAACCUGAAUUUAUAAAAGUUGGAAACAGGAAGGGGGGUAGAGUGACUCUCCUGUUUGUUUAGCCCCCAGCUCUUCUAUUGAGCAUCGAGAUGCUGGAUGAUACUUAUUUUUUUUACAAUUCCGAAGUGCAUCAAAGGAGGUGUUUUUGUACCACUGAUGUGCCAGUACUUUGUACAUGUAUGUAGUUGCCAUUGGGCCCAAAAGAAUGGAGGAUGUAGGUGUUUCUUUUACCAUAGAAAUUCUGGUUCUUUUCAUUAAGCACCUGUUAACUCUUUGUUCUGGCUGGAUUAUACCUAUGUUCGCUUGUGUACUCUUUGUUACAAGUGGAAGCUUCUGUGCAGUGUAAAAAUAAAUGUACACGCAGUUA